AUAAUCCCUUUUAGCUGGUGCAAAGUGAUGGCACAUCCCAGGCAGCUGGCAGAGAGCAGGCCUUGUGGCCAUAGCAUCUGGAGAAGGAUGUGAUGUUGUGAAAGAAGCAGGGAAAGAGGCAAUUACCAGAAGUGCAAAUGGGAAGAAAAGAGAGAUGUGCUGGGUGUUUGAGACAGUGGGUUUGAUGGGCAGGAGGAACCAGGAUGUGUGAGUUAGUCUGGAUGCAAACUGGCCAGGGUUUCCUUGGUGUGACUCCUGCAGUCAGAUCUCCAGCACCAAACAGCAUCUUCCUGGGCAGUGAAAUCCCACUGUCUGCAAAGUAUCGGCGUGGGAAGACUUCAGUCACUGCAGAGGUAGGACCACAGCCAUCCGAGCAGUUGAACCCAUACUCCGUAGUCAUUUUUUACCCUCUCCACCUCUUCCUGGUGCUCUUUUUUGCCUGCAGACCAAUGCAGCUGCCCCAUGGCCAGGGGGAACCAGACUCAGGUGACAGAGAUCCUGCUGCUGGGCUUUUCCCAUGGCCGGCCCUUCCUCUUCCUCCUUUUCCUGGCCACAUACCUGGUCACGCUGCUGGGGAACUCUGCAAUACUCGCCCUCGCGCUCCUGGACCCCCAUCUCCACAACCCCAUGUAUUUCUUCCUCAGCCACCUCUCCUGGUUGGACAUCUGCUACUCCACAGUGACGGUGCCCAAGAUCCUGGCCGACAGCCUUCGCCCACGGGCCGCCAUCUCCUAUGGCGGCUGCCUGGCUCAGACCUUCUUCCUGAUGAGCUGCGCGGGUGCUGAGUGCGCGCUGCUGGCCGUCAUGGCCUACGACCGCUACGCAGCCAUCGUGCACCCCCUGCACUACGCACACGCCAUGCCGAGGGCAGCGUGCUGGGCCAUGGCUGCGGGCUGCUGGCUGUGGGGCGUGCUGGACUCGGCGGCGCACACACUGCUGGCCUCCCGGCUGUCCUUCUGCAGGGCCGUCCGCCUGCAGCACCUCUUCUGCGACGUCCCCCCGCUGCUCGGGGCCGCCUGCGGCAACACGCGGCUCAGCGAGGCGGCCCUGCACGCUGCCAGCGUCUUCGUGGGUUUCGGCCCCUUCCUGCUGGUGCUCGGUUCCUACCUACGCAUCCUGGCGGCCGUGCUGGCUGUGCCCGCGGCUGCUGGCCGACGCAAGGCUUUCUCUACCUGCUCUGCCCACCUGCUGGUGGUCACGCUCUAUUUCGUGACGGCCAACCUCAACUACAACCGGCUCGGCACUGACAGCUCGCCGCUGGCUGACGCGGUGGUGUCGGCGUCGUUCUGCAUCGUCACCCCCGCGCUGAACCCCCUCAUCUACAGCCUCCGCAACCAGGAGGUGCAGGCAGCCCUGAGGAGGGUCCUGUGCUGGCGGUGGGGCUCCCGGGGCUGUGGGGCUGAUGUGGGGCUCCAUCCAAAGGGAGGGGGAAUGGUGGAACCAUAGGAUGGCUCAGGUUGGAGGGGACCUUAAAGACUCUCCAGUUCCACCCCUGCUGUGGGUCGGGUGCUGCCCACCAGCUCAGGCUGCCCCAUGCACAGCCUCGGGCACCUCCAGGGUGUAAAAGGGAGGAAUUCCAGCAGACUGGCUCACAUUGGGUUUUUUGGUUUAUUCAAAGUUGGAUCACCACCGCAGUGAACGUCAACAUCCUUGUGCUUGGCGAUCACUUAUACAGCAUUACUCUUCUGAUUAUGUAGGAGGUCGCAGAUGCUCCAUCUCUGCAGGCAUUCAAGGCCAGGCUGGAUGUGGCUCUGGGCAGCCUGGGCUGCUGGUUGG